GGUCAGCAGCGUUAAUAAGACGCCGGUUUGGAAGUUUGAACAGUGAGAGAGAGAUGCUGUCGGUGUGAAGAAGGGAAAUCAAGCUGGAAAACGCGAUAAAACCAUUUAAUAAAUCAGUAGUAUUAGUAAAGAAAGUGGUUAGGGUUGUUAUUGGGAGUCCAGCGGUCAGUUUGAGACAUUUAAACUGGACUAUGGUUCAGCAGACGGAACAUGGCGGACCGGGGAAUAUCAGCGGGACACGCGAGGCAGCCAAGCCGGCGGACAGCGACCUGCAGGCGGCCUCGACGCGCAGCCUCGUCCCGCUGAAACCGGACUGGUGCAAAACCGCUUCGGGUCACAUUAAAAGACCCAUGAACGCGUUCAUGGUGUGGUCCAAAGUGGAGAGGAGAAAGAUCAUGGAGCAGUCGCCGGACAUGCACAACGCGGAGAUCUCCAAACGGCUCGGGAAGCGCUGGAAAAUGUUAAAGGACACGGAAAAGAUCCCGUUCAUCCGGGAGGCGGAGCGGCUCCGGUUGAAGCACAUGGCCGACUACCCGGACUACAAGUACCGGCCCAAGAAGAAGCCCAAGACGGAGGGAUGUGCGUUUCCUCCGGGAGGGAAGACGCCGGAGAAACCCGCCGUGAGACCGGUUAAUAAAACCCAAAACGCAAAGAAGAGAUUCUCCAAGUUAAAGCCGUUAAAGCCAGUGGUGGUCCCGGUUCCGGUCCAGCAGCAGCAGCACGCGGACCCCCGGUACCGCUACGUGUUGACCAGCAGCUUCAAACCCAGCAAGCCCGUUAAACUGGAGUUUACCGACGACGAGGAAGACGAUGAUGACGACGAUGAUGAAGAUUCCGAGCCCAGUUCGGAGGAGCGUAAAGGACCCGACGGGUCGACGAUCUUUUCACGGCCGGCGCCCGGUCGCGUCUGCGGCCCUUGCUUCAAGAACAUCACGCGGCAGCCUUGUCGGGUGGACAAAGACCUGACCUCGACGCUGAGCGGGCGGAACGGCGGUUCCUUCGGCUUCCCCGCGGACAUGGCACCGGACAUGAUGGCGGAACUGGCUGGGGCCAACUUCACGACCUGGUGUUCACCUUUAGUUAGCCAAACCAACGGCGGGGGGGGCGGAAGGGGCGUGCCCAAGGCGGGGUGCAUGAGAAACUGGUUGGCGUCCAUGACAGCUCAAUGCCAGUAA